CACCAUUUUUUCAAGAAAGAAAAAAAAAUCGCGGGCUUUGAAAAACUUCAUCUCCCACCAAAUUCUAAAUCUCACAAAAAACUGUGUAAAAUUUCUCUGAUACACCAAAAAAAAGGGGUUUGAGAAGAGAUGCAGAAUGGAGCAGCAGCAGCAACUCUACGAGCAAAAAUGGAGCAACUUAGGUUAAAAUGUAACAGGGAUUUACAAAUUCAACAACAGAGUAUAGAUGCAGGCGCUAUCUCUUUUUGGAAAUCGUUGGAUUCAACGAAGACCCAAGCUCAACAAACCCUUCAAUUCCAAGAAAAACUUGGGAAAUUGAAAACUGAGCUUAGAGAGGCAGAAGAUAAUUUAGUAAAAGCACUUGCAGUCAAGACCCGAAAAGAGGCAAAGAGGAUAAAAAUAGCUGAACUAAUAUCUACUACCAAUGCUAGAGUGGAAGAGCUUAGAGGGGUCAUGGAAGAUAAAAGGGUCAGGAAACAUGAAUAUUCCGCCCUAAUAUCUCAACAAGAUGAUGCUCUGGAAGCACUUGAAGAAAAGCUUAACCAGAACACUGGACAUAGAGAGGCAAUAGAGGAGGCUACUGGGUGGUACAAUAAGGUGCUUGGUUUACGUAUUGAAUGUGGCCUAGGAGUAAAAUUCAUCUUUACCAAUAUAAAUGCCAAUAAUCCAGAUGAUGAGUACUCUUUUACUGUUCGUCGUGAGAAUGAUGCACAUACUUUGAUUGAUUGUGAUCCACAGCUGAGUGACGCAAAAGAACUGAUUAUUGAGUUAAAUAAAAGCAAUGGAAUGUUCAAGUUUGUCAGGACUAUGAGAGAGAAGUUUCUAGAAGCUGUAGCACGUGGAUUAACAUCACAAGAUCAAGAUACUUCUUUGGUCUCUAUGCCUACGGUGAUGUCUUCCAUCUCAAUUAUUAGUAGAGAUGAAUCUUCACCCCAGAAAGCGGAGCCUCAGUCUGAUGAAUAUAAGAGAGCUUCCAGGAAGCUUGCCCUUGGUAAAAGGGAUAGGUCAGCCAUUCUCUCUCCUGUAUCUGCAUCAUCUCUUCGCAGAUCUCCUCGUUUUAAGGUCAAGAAAUGAUAAUUAUCAGCACUUCUUUUUUCAUCUAGAUUUGUUGAAGCAACUUCUUGAAGUUGAUCAGCCAGCAUAUAUUCUCAAUUGGCGAGCACUGACUAGCAAAUACUCCCUCUUCAGUUUAUGUAUAUUAUUUUCCUUUAUAGUUUGUCUGAAAAAAUGUGACCUUAAUAUAUUUAGUAAAUUUUUAAUUCUAACAUUACCAUGUUACCUUAGGAAAAUCCCUUGUAGGAAUGACAUGACAUGUUUAAGACUUGAGACUCACUAGAUAUUUUUAGUAUGUUAUAUACACCUUUAGUUUACGACCAA